AUGAUAAUAAAUAGAAAAUUAACAUUUCUUUUUCUUCCAGAAGAAGAAGAAGAAGAAGAAGAAGAAGAAGAAGAAGAAGAAGAAGAAGAAGAAGAAGAAGAAGAAGAAGAAGAAGAAGAAGAAGAAGAAGAAGAAGAAGAAGAAGAAGAAGAAGAAGAAGAAGAAGAAGAAGAAGAAGAAGAAAUAUUUCAUCUGAGCUCUACGUCCAUUUGUUUGCAAUGUGAGGAUCAUAGUACUGUUUACAAAUUCCCCAGACCAACUUUAUUGGAUUGUACUAAACGUAAUAUGGAGGAAGUUGUAAUAUCCGAUGCUUUAUCUAUACCGUACUUGAUGUUUUGUGACUUCUUUAGACUUCAGCAAGUUUUGUGCCAAAUCUGGGCUGUGGAAACUAAAGUUUGCUUUAGGCUUAAAUAA